UGAGGCUAGAAGAUUUUAUCCUCACAAGUAUGUCACAGAAGUGGUUUCAGAAGCAGGGUUCAAAAGUGUGCUACGUUCAGAGUGUAGGCUCAGGAGUGCGCUGUGUACAGAGUUCAGGGCUCAAGGAGUGUGCUACGUACAGAGUUGGGGCUCAGAAGUGUGCUACUUACACAGUGCAGGGCUCAGAAGUGUGCUACUUACACAGUGCAGGGCUCAGGAGUGGGCUAUGUACACAGUGCAGGGCUCAGGAAGUGGGCUAUGUACACAGUGCAGGGCUCAGGAGUGGGCUAUGUACACAGUGCAGGGCUCAGGAGUGGGCUAUGUACACAGUGCAGGGCUCAGGAGUGUACUAUGUACAGAGUUCAGGGUCAGGAGUGUGCUACAUACAGAGUUGG